AUGAGCAUCGACAUCCUUGCUCCACACCUUGGCAGUGCUUCCCCACGAAGUCACCCAUAUGCCCCUUCCCUUUCUUCCUCUGCAUCUUCAUCAACUUCUUCCAUCUUCUCAGAUGCUGCCUCACAAGCAUCCAACUUCAGCUCAUCUACUUCGCACUCCCUCGCUGCCACGUGGGAUUCCGAGGAAUGGAGCUCCCAACCGAGAGUGGCGGCUGGCUUGACCGUUGAUGCUUCCAGUAUCAACAACAGCUUUGCUCCGAUCUCGCGAGUGAGCACGUUCCCUCAGUAUCAACCUUCGGCAUGCCGCGAAGCAGCCCCCGCCGGUGUCCUCCCGUCCUUGCGGACGGAGCUGGCCUUGCCCAUUGAACAGCGCCAAAAUCCUCGUCGAUCCUCAUCCACUGUCCAGCGACCGCCUCAGCUUGUUCGUCAGGCCGAGCGCAAGGUCAGCUUCGUGGAUUGCCUCGUCGACUCCGCAACUCAAAUGGUCGAGACCAUCUGGCCUCUAUCCGUUCCUUCCAGUCGCUGCGAAGCAGCUUCUGGUCGGGGAGUGCUUCCUCUCAGGACAUUUAUCCAAGAGACCUUGCGUCGAUCCCGUACUAGCUACUCUACUCUUCAAGUAGCCUUGUACUACCUGAUCCUCAUCAAGAGUCACGUGCCCAAGCAUGAUUUCACCAUGGAACAAGCUGAAGACGCGGCCUCUUAUCGUGCCCUUCAGUGUGGCCGACGCAUGUUUCUUGCGGCUUUGAUCCUUGCAUCAAAGUACCUCCAGGAUAGGAACUACUCCGCUCGUGCCUGGAGCCGGAUUUCCGGUCUCAAGGUCUGCGAGAUCAACACCAACGAGAUGGCCUUCCUCGCCGCUGUGAACUGGAAGCUGCACAUCACUGACCCAGUUUGGGAGCGCUGGCAGGAGGUUGUCCGCAGACACACUCCUUCCAACCCCCCUGCUUCUCCAGGUGUUUGCAUGCUGAACAACUCGUGGAAGACUGUCAUCCCCCAGUUGACCCCAGAGUUGGAAAUGAUUGAAGUCGCCCCCAAGACUCCUGUCAUCCCUCAGCAGCGUCCUACCCUGAAGUCUCAGCUCAGUCAGUAUUCGCUGCGAUCUCCGCUCCCCCUUCCAGAGGGGCUUGGAUCGCAGGAGAACACUCCCACCCCCAGCCAGUACCAGGCCCCACGCUUCUUGGAGCCUAGGCCGGAGCUCUUGCCUCCAACUCCAUCUCUUGUCCGUCUGGGUCCUUUGCCAACACCUAUCUUGACGCCUCAAUCCGCUAUCUCGAACACUCCUGCAGCGAGUGGUCUAGUUUUUGGAUCAAGGCGACCAUCAAUGUGCUCGGCAAUGGCACAGGCUCAGAGCUCGUCUCUUGCUCGUUCUUGCGUUGACCAGUUCAACCCCAGCGUCAGGAACGGCCUCGAGGCUUAUCACUGGCCCACUCGUCGCCCAUCUUUGGCGCCUUCUACCACGUCUUCGGCGUCGUCACCCGAAUCCAUGGUUACGGAUAACUCUCGCUCUUCGCGCGCUUCCUCGAUCUCGUCUGUCUCGUCUGCUGGCUGGGCGCCGAAUCAGGCCAAAUUGGCCCGAUUGGCGACGUGCCGCAACGCCAGGCUGCCGUAUCCGGCCUUGUCGAAGUGCAAGGAGCAGUACGAAUAUGCUCCAAGUGAACCAAUGUCCUCACCAGACCUCGAGAGUUUCCAUAUCGAUGAUUCAGAUGCGACACCUGUCCGUGUUGAAAGCCCCGAGUCCAUCCCGCCGCACUUCGUCCCCGCAAGUCGCAAGCGUGGAAGGUCUUCUGUUGAUCUUCAGCAGAAUGUGCGCCAUUUGCUUCACAGCUCUCGCUCUACUUCCUUCCUUCGUGGAGCACAGUCUAUCCUUCCAGACAGGUCCGUCGCCCAGACCUUUCUGACCAGUGGUGACCUUACGCCCUGCGCUUAUACUGGAGCGAAGGGACUCCAGUCCCCAAAGCAUACAGUUCCCGAGCGUAGACUGCCAAUCCAGAAGGAUCUCGGAAGGAAGCGAACAUGCUGUGCUAGCGAGGCGGCCCAGACAUUACGUCGAGAAGGGCCUGGAAUGUGGGAGGGUGUCCUGUAG